CGGAGCGGCGGUAGCGGUGGCGGGUCUGCGGAGUGGAGUCGCGACGGGCUCCGGGUAAGCUUAGCGCCGCCAGUCUCCAGUCCGCCGCCCGCCGCCCGCCGCGGAGCCAUGGAGAUCGGCACCGAAAUCAGCCGCAAGAUCCGGAGUGCCAUUAAGGGGAAAUUGCAAGAAUUAGGAGCUUAUGUUGAUGAAGAACUUCCUGAUUACAUUAUGGUGAUGGUGGCCAACAAGAAAAGUCAGGACCAAAUGACAGAGGACCUGUCCCUGUUUCUAGGGAACAACACAAUUCGAUUCACCGUAUGGCUUCAUGGUGUUUUAGAUAAACUUCGCUCUGUUACAACUGAACCCUCUAGCCUGAAGUCAUCGGACACCAACAUCUUUGAGAGUAACGUGCCUUUAAACAAGGGCAGCUUUGGCCGAGGAGAGGAGAGAAGGCACGAAGCUGCAGUGCCCCCGCUUGCUGUUUCUCGCACCAGAGCUGAAAAGAGCGAUCCUAGAGUCUCCACAAGUUCACAGGAGCAGAAAGCCACUCAUGUCAGACAGAGUUACGAUGAUGGAGCUGCAACCCGAUUAAUGUCAACAGUGAAACCCCUGAGGGAUCUGGCACCUUCUGAAGAUGUGAUUGAUAUUAAACCCGAACCAGAUGAUCUCAUUGAUGAGGAUCUCAACUUUGUGCAGGAGAAUCCCUUAUCUCAGAAAAAGCCUACAGUAACGCUCAGCUGUGCUGCUCCGCGCCCUUCUGUGGAGCUCUAUCGGCCGCCUCCAAGUCGGAAUGCGGAUAGUGGUGCUCAUUUAAGCAGGCUGCCGUUUCAACAGCAGCCAAACAGUACUCACGCCGCCAAGCAAGGCGACAUACAGAACAGCCGGGUGUAUGACUCAGGACGCUCGUGCGAACCGGAAGUGCUGACCAGUUUAGAGAAGACUUACAGUCCUUUCUUCAGGAACAACUCAGAAAAAAUGAGUAUUGAGGAAGAAAACUUUCGGAAGAGAAAGUUGCCUGUGGUAAGUUCAGUUAUUAAAGUAAAAAGAUUCAGCCACGAUGGAGAAGAGGAGGAGGAAGAUGACGAUUAUGGCUCCCGCACAGGAGGCGUGUCCAGCAGCGUGUCGGUGCCUGCAAAGCCUGAAAGGAGACCUUCACUUCCCCCCUCUAAACAAGCUAAUAAGAAUCUAAUUUUGAAGGCUAUUUCUGAAGCUCAAGAAUCUGUAACCAAAACAACAAACUAUUCCACAGUUCCACAGAAACAGACACUUCCCGUUGCUCCUAGAACUCGAACUUCUCAAGAAGAAUUGCUAGCAGAUGCGGUCCAAGGGCAAAGCAGGAACCCCAGAAUAAGUGCCCCCAUUAAAGAAGAAGAGGCAAAAGGGGAUAAUAUAGAAAAAAGUAAAGGACCUCAACAAAGGCAAUUGUUUUCCCGACUGCAAAUUGACCCGGUCAUGGCAGAAACUCUGCAAAUCAGCCAAGAUUACUAUGACAUGGAGUCCAUGGUCCAUGCAGACACAAGAUCAUUUAUUCUGAAGAAGCCCAAGCUGUCUGAGGAGAUAGUUGUGGCACCCAGCCACGAGUCGGGGAUGAAGACUGCAGACGCCCUCCGGGCUCUUUCAGGACACCUUUUGCAGACUCCACGAGAUCUUGUACAACCAGAUAAACCUGCAAGUCCCAAGUUUAUAGUGACGCUGGAUGGUGUCCCCAGUCCCCCAGGAUAUAUGUCAGAGCAAGAGGAAGACAUGUGCCUUGAAGGAAUGAGACCAGUAAACCACACGGCAGCCUCACCCCAGGGGCUCCGAGGGCUCCUGCAUCCACAGCACUUGCAGUUGACGAGCAGGCAGCUUGAGGACCCAAAUGGUAGCUUUUCACACGCUGACAUGAGUGAGCUGAGUGUGGCCCAGAAGCCCGAGAAGCUCCUGGAACGCUGCAAGUACUGGCCUGCCUGUAAAAACGGGGAGGAGUGUGCUUACCACCACCCCGUCUCACCUUGCAAAGCCUUUCCCAAUUGCAAGUUUGCUGAGAAAUGCUUGUUCGUCCAUCCGAACUGUAAAUACGACACCAAGUGUACUAAGCCAGAUUGCCCCUUUAUGCACAUGAGUAGACGACUCCCAGUACUGCCUCCCAAACCAGCAGUGACAGCACCAACAUCACCGUCCAGUACUCAGCUGUGCCGUUAUUUCCCUGCUUGUAAGAAAAUGGAAUGUCCCUUCUAUCAUCCUAAACACUGUAGGUUUAAUACUCAGUGUACAAGACCUGACUGUGCGUUUUACCACCCCACCAUUACUGUACCACCACGACACGCCUUGAAAUGGAUUCGACCUCAAACCAGCGAAUGAUGCCUAGUCCUGCCCCUGCUGAAGAGGAUGGAUUCUGAGAGUUGCCAUCUACUGAUGAAAGACGUGCUCCAGAACUUGUCCGUUCUUGAAACUUGGAAUAUAUUGCUUUCAUAAUACGAAGUUUAUUGCCUAUC